CCCAACCUGCUGGGCAGGCAGCCCGGGUGCCAAGAAGGACGGAGGAGGUACAGGGGGUCAGCUUAGCUCCCGGGGUUCCCUGUGGGCCCCACCCCGUCACCCUCUAUUGCCCUUGAAGCUCCAGUCUUUUCCUCUCCUGUUCUUCCCCUUGGCUCCCUCUCCACCUCUCCCCGGGUCUGGCUCGGAAGCCUGCCCUCCACCUGCCUCUCUCAACCUCUCUUUCCCCAUGAGCACCCCACAGGGCUUCCGCAACCCCUUAUCUUUCUUGCCAUCUCCAUUUCCUUCCCCCUCUCCCUCCUAGCCACCUUCCCACUUUCCUGUCUUCUCUCUCUCCCCCCCUCAGCUCUCUCCAUCGCCUGUCUCACCCCAGUUCUCCUCUCUCUGCUCCCUGGCCGUCUCUUCCUUCUCCACAAUGUCUCUGUCUCUCCUCCUCCUCACCAGCCCCCUUCCCCCCACCUCACCCUGACUGGGCAGCAACAACAAACAUCCCUCUGGCAGGCCCGCCGAUCCCUUCCCACUCAGCACAUUCACUGCCGCCUCCUGGCCAUGGUCGCAGCCGGGUGCCAGCUUCUCAGCCUCCCCAUCUCUGCCUCAGUGGGACCCUGCCUCGCCCUGGUCACUCUAACACUCCCCAGCCCAGGCCCAGCCCUCAGCCCCACCCUCCCUGGCAUCCCCUCCCUCCCCAGACCCUGGUUCUCCCCUCCUAGGCCUCGAAAAGCCCCCGUCUUGUUUCUGUGGCUGCCCCCUGCACCCUUCCCAGCUGUCUCACCAGAAACCAGCCCUAACACGCCAGAGCCCCAUCUCUCAGGUCGGCCUCCUGCCCUCCUCCCUCCCUCCCUCCCUCCCUCCCUCCCUCCCUCCUGCCUCAGCCCCGCCCCAGCCCCUGGGGCCCUCCCUGCUCCCGCUCCACUCCGCUCCCCGCCCCUCUGGACUGGCUGGGCAGGGCUGGGCCCGGCCGGUCGGUCGACAACGCAGAGGCUGGGGCAGGCAGAUCAGAGGGAGCUGAGGGAGGCCUGACCUGAGGCCGGCACCCGGAGCUGGUGGGAGCCAGACCCAGAGCUCCCGCGGCCGCCCCUUCCCUGGGCCAGGUCAUGCGCUGCCCCAAGUGCCUUCUCUGCCUGUCAGCACUGCUCACACUCCUUGGCCUCAAAGUGUACAUCGAGUGGACAUCUGAGUCCCGGCUCAGCAAGGCCUACCCCAGCCCCCGGGGCACCCCGCCAGGCCCCACGCCAGCCAACCCUGAGCCCACCCUACCUGCCAACCUCUCCACCCGCCUGGGCCAGACUGUCCCGCUGCCCUUCGCUUACUGGAACCAGCAGCAGUGGCGGCUGGGGUCCCUGCCCAGUGGGGACGGCACUGAAACGGGGGGCUGCCAGGCUUGGGGGGCCGCCGCCGCUGCUGAGAUCCCUGACUUCGCCUCCUACCCUAAGGACCUCCGCCGCUUCCUGCUGUCAGCAGCCUGCCGGAGCUUCCCACAGUGGCUGCCUGGAGGUGGUGGCGGCCAAGUCUCCAGCUGCUCAGAUACUGAUGUCCCCUACCUGCUAUUGGCCGUCAAGUCAGAACCAGGGCGCUUUGCAGAACGACAGGCCGUGAGGGAGACGUGGGGCAGUCCAGCUCCAGGAAUCCGGCUGCUCUUCCUGCUAGGGUCUCCGGUGGGUGAGGCGGGGCCUGACCUAGACUCACUAGUGGCCUGGGAGAGCCGUCGCUACAGUGACCUGCUGCUCUGGGACUUCCUCGACGUCCCAUUCAACCAGACGCUCAAAGACCUGCUGCUGCUGGCCUGGCUGGGCCGCCACUGCCCCACCGUGAGUUUCGUCUUGCGAGCUCAGGACGAUGCCUUUGUGCACACCCCUGCCCUGCUGGCUCACCUGCGGGCCCUGCCACCUGCCUCAGCCCGAAGCCUCUACCUGGGUGAGGUCUUUACCCAGGCCAUGCCUCUCCGGAAGCCAGGAGGACCCUUCUACGUGCCCGAGUCCUUCUUUGAAGGUGGCUACCCAGCCUAUGCAAGCGGGGGUGGCUACGUCAUUGCCGGGCGCCUGGCACCCUGGCUGCUGCGGGCAGCAGCCCGUGUGGCACCCUUCCCCUUUGAGGACGUCUACUCUGGCCUUUGCAUCCGAGCCCUGGGCCUGGUGCCCCAGGCCCACCCAGGCUUCCUCACAGCCUGGCCAACAGACCGCACUGCGGACCACUGCGCUUUCCGCAACCUGCUGCUGGUACGGCCCCUGGGCCCCCAGGCCAGCAUUCGGCUCUGGAAACAACUGCAAGACCCAACGCUCCAGUGCUGACUCUUGGUGGGGAGGGCGGAGGUGCUGACCUGGCCUGGGCCCUGGCCUGGGCCUCUGGGGCCUGCCCCUGGCUCAGCCCCUCCUUCCAGGUCUUGAUGGGAGGGAGGAGGGCCCAGAAGCUAGACAACUUAAGCCACUCCUUGGCCUCCCCAGCCAGGGGCCUGGGCAGGAAAGAUGGGGUGGUGGACUGUUUUUGCCUACUUUUUGUUUUUGAAAAACAUACACUCCCCACUCUGAGGCCUGGGGUUGUUUUUGCAUCUGUGGGGCCCUGGAGUGGUGGGAAGCAGGGCUUGGCUACACCCUGACCUUUAUCCUGGAUGCUCCCCUGCACCCUUGCUAGGCAGGGCUAGCUCCACUGGGCUCCCCAUCACUCUGCUGGACAGCAGGCUUGCCCCAUUCUGUGAGAGAACCAUCUCUGGAGGACCCCCCACCCCCAUCCUGUCUGCUGGAGCUAACCUUCCAGCUUGCAGAAGUUUCCAGGGGAAGUAGGUAUCUCAAGGGCCUUGACCUUAUUUAUCUAAGGUGGAGAAGCUGGGGGUGGCCUCAAAUCACCCCCAAACUCCAGGAAACAGAGACCAGAGGUGGUAGAGAGCCAGGCGCAGAGAUGCAGUUUAUUCGUGACCUCUGCUGGCCACUCACACCUGCGCAAGCUCCACAGGCUGACCUGCCAUGUCCACCCCAUGCCCAGAGGGGCUUCUAGUCCUGGAUGUGCCCUCACCCAGCCCCUGGGAGAAGGCACUGUAACAACAGGUGAAGAGGGGGCUGACUGAGCCUCAGCAACUGCUGCAGAUACUGUCCCCUGACAAUGUAACAGCCUGGAGGCGCAGGGGUGAAGAGUGGCAGCCACCCUGGCCGCUGAGUAUUUUAGAGGGAGCUGGCUGGGGAAGACGGUGGCGUGCUGCCAGGUCCCCCUGCUCCCC